GGAGCUUAGUUGUGGCAACAGACGUCGACAUGCGUCAGUUGCUGUUGUUGGUGUUGGCCUUAUUGGGUGUAGUCAGCCUGGGUGCAGCGCAGGAAUUACAGUCCGACUAUGCCACAGCGGGCAGCGAGGAUAUUUAUUUGUCUACCAAUGACGAGGAGCUGCCAGAGCAGUCGCAAUAUGAGAAUAAUUAUGAGGAGGAGCAGGAGUUUGAGGAGGACGAAUUCGUUGAACUGCAGCCACAGGGCAUUAACAUAGACGGCAUUGGUGAAACCGAUGUUAGCUGCGAGUACAGCUGUCCGCGUUAUUAUCGUCCUAUUUGCGUGCAGCGCAACGAUCAGCAGAUCACAUAUGCCACGCCCUGCGAGUAUCACAACGAGCUGCGUUGCGCCCAUGUGCUCAAUCGCCUGCAGGACAGUCCAAUGCCAAACUUUCAGUUUCUUUACCAUAGUGUCUGCGAAAAGAAUAUUUAG